UUGUCUUCCAAUAUUUUUUUUAAAUUAUUUAAUUUUUUGAAUUGUCAAUUCCAGAAAACGGAAAUAUAAAUAUGGAACCAGAAGAACAUCAAAGGACCAGGGAUGUUGGCACUGAAACCUCAUUUAGCGACAUCCUAGGAUCAGCAUCAACUUUUUCCAAUUUCUCUGAUGACAGUCGGAGAACUCUGACAGAUACGCGUGCUCAUCAAAAACCCGAAGUACGCAAUGUGGCCACAGAAACUGAUUUUCUCACUGUGACAAGUCUCACGAUUUCCAUAACCACCACCGAUAUCGAUGUGGAUUAUUCAAGUGAUAUAGCGGCCGAGGAGAGAGCAAUGACAAGAAGAGAUUCUCUGCUUCAUUAUGCCGCCUCGGGUACCUCCAGUUCCAGUGAAGAAGAUAAGGAUAGCCUGCCCAGACCUCAAUACCAGCUGAAGUCUAGUAAAUCUCAGCAUGUGCGAAAAAUAUUCAGUUCUAGUGAUGAGGAGGAUGGUGGGGGUUUGGGACACUCAAAUUUGAGCAAAGGAAAUGUUUUUGUCUACAUGGUCAUCCCUCCUGAUGGCGGCUAUGGUUGGUUCAUAAUGUUCAUUUCCUUCUGGUGCCAGGUGGUUGUGGAUGGCAUCAUUUUUGGUAUAGGCGUGAUUUUGCCGCACAUCGCCGAGGAGUUUCAAAUUCCAGGGUCAAAAGUCAUUUUGGUGGCCUCCAUGCAAGUGGGUUUUUAUUUCCUGGCUGGAGCAAUUUCAAGUGCUUUCAUCAAUAAGUAUGGCUUUCGUCCGGUGGCUUUGGGUGGUUGUCUCCUCUCGAUUGCUGUGUUGAGCGUGGCAACUUUUUCGACAAAUUUGCCAACGAUGAUUGUUUUCUAUAGCAUUUUGGGUGGCCCUGGCCUCAGCAUGGUUUGGGUCUCUUCUCAGCUAAUAAUUGGUUAUUAUUUCGAGAAAUAUCGUCCCAUUGCCAAUGGAAUCUCAUGUUCGGGGGCCGGAGUGGGAAUCAUGAUGUUUGCCUAUAUGAACAAUGUCCUGGUAACACAGCUAGGCUGGCGUAAUCUAAUGCGACUGCAUGUAGCAUUUCUGGUGUUGGUACUGCUAAUGGGUCUGACAUUUGUCGAGGUGGCGCCCACGAAAAUUGGAAGGGUUAAAGAGAUGUCUUGGGAGGACUCUGAAACGGAUUCUCAUGACAUCCUCACAGAGAUGACCAAAUAUUCGCGUUAUUCUUUGAAGACACAAACGGAUGUUUAUGAGCUGGAUGAGGAGUUUGAAAAAGUACUAGAAAAAGUAGAACCCCCUACAGCACAAGGAUCAUCUCCGCAAGGCUGCUGCCCAAAAUGUCUAAAUUCUUGUUGUCCUUGCUUCCAAAAUUACCUAAUCAAACGUCGUGAAGCCCAAGCUCAGGAAGCCCUUGCCAAACAUUACAUUAUACGCCAGGAUCCAAUGGAAAAACAGGAUCUCUUCUACAUGGGACCCAGAGAACAUCACGAUGGCCGUCCCAGCCAUGGUCGUCGAAAAACUGUCUCAUUUGGUGAGACGGAUGUGCGUACCAUUUCCUUGGAUGACAUAGAUCAAGGCGUCGAUACGGAACGUGUUGUCAACACCCUGUCGACCAUGGCCAUACAUCGCCAACAGCUACCGGAUCAAAGGAAAUCCUAUAAGGAAUUGCGGGAGGUGAAGAAAUGUCCUUUGUGGGAAUUUCUGAAACCAGGAAAUUUAUUGCAUCCCAAAAUACGGAAUGCCUUUCGUUUGCUGUUCGAUUUUCGUCUGCUGGAGAUGUUGGAAUUUCGAAUCCUUUUGGCCUCGGCAUUUCUGUUUCCGAUGGGUUUUAAUAUACCCUUUGUUUAUUCGACAGUGCGUGUCCAAAUUGAGCCGAGUUUUGCAAAGCUAAUUUCACCCUCCAUUGGUUUCUCGAAUUUCGCCUUUCGCAUUGCAUCUGGAUUCGUGGCGUACCGUUAUCGUGACUACACGACGUACAUCUGUGGCGGCGGCAUGGUCUUUGGCGGAAUGGCCGUUGCUGUCAGUGCCUUCUAUGGCCUCGAUGUGGUGUGGUUCCAAUUCUUCUACGCCAUCUGCUAUGGCAUAGCCCCAGCAUUCUACUCAACAUUGCGUGCCAUUAUCUAUGUCCGUUCGCUGGGCCUGGAUAAAUUAACGAAUGCCUUUGGUUUGACGGCCUUAGCCAUGGGAAUGGGCGUUUUUAUUGGCACAACCGCCGGUGGUAUCUUGAACGAUCUGACCGGUGAUUAUACGGCUUCAUUUGCAUUUGCGGGUAUUUGCAUUAUUGUCGCGGGUGCUUUGAAAUUGCUGCUGCCGCAUCUGACGUUGGCGGUCGGGGUCAGCAAUGGGAAAAAGUGAAAGCCGACAAGCCACAAUGUCGUUGUUCGCUUAUCGUUUUCGGAAUGCACAAAAAGAAAAAAACUCGGAGGAAGAAAACCAACCAACAAACAAACACACACAAAGAGAAGGAAAUUGGUUUGCAAGUGCCUGGAGAUUUGGGAAAACUCCAAAACAACAAAUGCAUGGAAAUUUGAGAGAAUGUUUGAAAAAAAAAAAACAUGAAAUGAAAGGUAAAUGAUAAGAAAAUUUUUGGCUAUUUUUCGAGCAUGUUAAGUUGUAAAUGAAGGUAUGGAGAUAAAUAAAAAAAGGGUUGAAUU